UAAAUUCUGAUAGUACCUUGACGAAAAUGAUACCUACAAAGCACAACUUUAUCACCUUUCGAUAAAUAUACUUAAUAAGUCGGAUUCAAGGUGCUUGAAUGUGCUUAUACACUACGUGAGUAUUAACUAUAAAAUGAGCUCAGUGAUAGGACAUUUUUAAUUGCAGAAGUACCUACAUUUAUUCAUUUUGUGUAGGUCCAGGUAGUAAGUUUAUAUUUUGCUCGUAUAGUCUACCUAAUGAUACAAAAAAAAAUUGUAAACAUGAAAUUUACUUUUUUAAAUCUACUCUGCGCUUUAAUAUUUCAAUCACAUUUUAGCGAAGGUGCUAAAAUAUUAGGCAUAUUCACCAUCGAGGCUCAAAGUCAUUUUUCAUAUCAUAAUGCUGUGAUGAAAAGCUUAAUGGAAGUCGGGCAUUCAGUCACUAUUAUCACUCCAUUUCCCGAACAAGCUGCUUUGGAAAAUUAUACAUCAAUAAUUGACGUUUCUCCAAAAGAAAAACUUUGGGUUGGAAAAGCUACUCCAGACGAACAUGCUAUCCAAAACGUUAUGGAAUUUAUGGAUCUGAUGAUUGAAAAUGAAUUGUUAUAUUGCGACAAAAUUAUCAAUUUACCCGAAAUUCAAAAAAUUUUAAAAUCCAAUGAAAGGUUAUACGAUGUGGUAUUCGUGGAAAUUGGUUUUGUGUACAAAUGUUUUUUGCCAAUUGCUGAUAAAAUGAAAGUCCCCGUCAUCGGAACAAUAGCCAUACGAACUUGGCUAUUUGGUGAUUACGCGACCAGUAAUCCUAAUCAUCCUGCAUAUAUACCUCACGAAUUAACGGUUCAGAACUGGAAACUAAAUCAUGUUUUUGGACGAAUCAUUAAUGUAUGGAAUCAUAUCGCGGUAGCAUGGUAUAAGAAUUUUGUUGUGCCACCAUUGAUAGAAAAAUGUCUUCAAAACCAUGCUGAUAAACUCGAACAUCUGGGAAAAUACGAGCAUAUGGAACCUGAUUUGAUUUUUUAUAAUAAUCACGAAUCUAUAUUACCCAAACCAUCCAACCCAAAUAUCAUCAAUAUCGCAGGAAUACAUGUGAAAGACUCUAAACCUCUGCCAAAGCAUAUUCAAAAAUUUAUAGAUGAAGCUAAACAUGGAGUGAUUUUAUUCACAUUAGGUUCAGUUGUCCGAGCAACCACUAUGAGUUCAGAAAUGAAAAAUGCUUUCAGAGAUGCUUUUGCUGAAAUACCACAAAGAGUGAUUUGGAAACUUGAAGAGAAACUCGAAAAUACUCCCGAUAACGUUAUGCUGAUUGAUUGGUUACCACAAACUGAUAUCUUGAAACAUAAAAAUGUGAUUGCCUUCAUCAGUCAUUGUGGUUUAGGAGCUACCAACGAAGCUCUUUAUACAGCAACACCUGUGGUAGUUUGUCCAUUAUUUUGUGAUCAACCAGACAAUGCUGAACUGCUGGAAAACCUAGGAGUUGCAGUACAUCUUGAUUUCAACAACAUUACUAAAGAAAGUGUUCUAAAAGCAAUCAAACAAAUUACAAACGACAAAAGGUAUUACAAAAAUAUGCAAAGGGUUUCUGCAGUGUUUAAAGAUCGACCAAUGACACCGCAAGAAAGUGUCGUGUAUUGGACCGAAUACGUAAUCAGGAAUAAUGGUGCAUCUCAUUUCAAAACUCCGGCAUCUCGAUUGUACUUAUUCCAAUAUCUAUUAUUGGAUGUCGCAUUUAUUGUUGUAUUAUUUUUAAGUGUUGUUUUGUAUCUGAUUAAUCGAAUUUUUAAAAGUGUUUGUUACUAUUUUAGCCCUAGUAAGACUGGUAAGACAUCUAAUAAACCUCAAAGUAAAAAACUUUAGAUCAGGUUUUGAAAUUUCAAAGAAUAUCUAUACGUUCCUAAGUAUCUACGUGUUGUAUUUUUUAGGAUACGAAUCAUGAAAAAAUUAUUCGUAAAGAAUGUGUACUUCUCAUCUGUUAAUUUUGUUGUACGAGUACGUUGUAGAAAUUGUUCGGAUGUAAUUCACAGUUUAGUUCAAUAAAAUAUCUGUCAUGAUC